CUCCAGUCCAGCUUUCACACACAUUACGUAGAGACUGGAGGAGCAGACGCACAUCCCCAGCACACACACACACUCACACUCACACACACACACACUCACACACACACUACUGGAUUAUUCUCUCACCUGACGGAGUGGAAAGGGCGCAUGAGCCUCGGCGGGGGGGGGUGGAGAAUCGGGAGCAGGACGCUCGGAGGUGCAGCUCGCGCUACUGAUCGUGUUAUUGUGUGUAUAUGCGCCACAGUGUGUGUGUGUGAGUGUGUGUGUGUGAGAGUGUGUAUGAGUGUGUGUUAUUCUACCCGGAGCUACAAGUCGGCUGUGUGACAUCAUAACGAGGAAUCAUCUCUGAAGAUUUUUGGACUGUUCCAUUUUUCUGCGUAAAGGGGGAGGAGGGGUGAAAAGUGAACCCACCUUAAAACUGCGCUUCGGAUGUCCCACAAUGUCUCGGCCACAUCAUGACUCCUAGACUGUUUAGCUUGUACUGUGAUGUCACACUGACUCCGCCCUUUCUCUGACUCGGCCAUGAAGGAGGUGGGGUGCUGGUCGGCGGCAGAGGUUUCUGAUUGGCUGGCCGAGGAGGGGAUGCCGGAAUACGCAGACGCUCUCAGGGACGUAGACGGCGCGUCUCUUUUGCGACUUUCCGAGUCGGAUUUCCGAAACCCACCGCUGUGUCUGGUCGCCGGAGACAACGGGAGGCGUCUUCUGGAGCGCCUGGAGACGCUGCACAUAGCCAACCACAUGGGUAACCAUGGAAACAAUCGUCAUGUCAAUGGGCACGUCGGAAACGGGAAGAUUCACAACGGGGCGCCAAAGAACGGAUUCCGAUCAGACGCGAUUCAGAUCCAUAUUCCUCGUCCGUCGGAGAGCGAGCGCACGGCAUUUCCCACAGAGUGGUACAAAACGGGCGUGGCCUUUGGGUACGCUUUGUGCUGCUUCAUCACCACGUCGAUCGUGAUUUCCAUUGUACAUGAACGAGUGCCAUCCAAAGAGGAGUCUCCUCCCCUUCCUGAUAAAUUCUUUGAUCUGUUUGAUCGAGUGCAGUGGGCGUUUUCCAUUUGUGAAAUCAAUGGCAUGCUGCUCGUCGCCAUCUGGACCAUACAGUGGAUCCACCUCAAACACAGGUCCAUCGUCGGACGACGUUUCUUCUUUAUCGUUGGAACACUGUACCUGUACCGGUGUGUGACCAUGUACAUCACCACCUUACCUGUGCCAGGCCUGCACUUUAAAUGUGCACCCAAGUUGCUCGGUGACCGGGAGGCUCAGCUGAGACGGAUUAUGAAGAUGAUCUUGGGCGGCGGUCUGUCCAUUACGGGCUCUCACUCCCUGUGUGGUGACUAUCUGUACAGCGGACACACCGUCAUGCUAACGCUAACAUACCUGUUUAUUAAAGAGUAUUCUCCACGGAGGUUCUGGCCCUAUCACUGGGCGUGUCUCAGUCUGAGCGUCAGUGGGAUUUUCUGCAUCCUCUGGGCUCAUGAUCACUACACGGUGGAUGUGGUGGUGGCGUACUUCAUCACCACACGCCUCUUCUGGUGGUACCACACUCUGGCCAAUCAGCAGUGUCUGAAGCAGGAUUCGCAGAUUAAUGCCUUCUCUCGUGUCUGGUGGUUUCGUCUCUUCAGCUACUUCGAGAGAAACGUCCAGGGUGUGGUCCCUCGCCACUACCAGAUGCUGUUGCCGUGGCUCCCGUCACCAUGCCGACUGUCUGCGGCGGGGCGGGUGAAGUACAGCCACGUGGACUCUCUCUAACAAUGGGGACUCGUCGCCCGCGUGCCCGCCUAGCCCGCAGCCUCGGCUCAACACUGUGACGUGGAUUUUCCUUCUUUCGGUAUUUUUUUUAAACAUUAAACGUCCCUGAAAAGACGACGUAGCGCCAAGAAAUCCAUUUUAAUAUAUACACAUAACGCUGCCGAAAUUUCUAAUCUAAACCCAUACCUAUGAAUAUAAAGCGUAAAUUAACCACCAAAUAGUAUCUGAAAAUUUUUUUGGGGGGAUAUUUUUUUAUAAAUAAUGUAAUGGUAUUAAUUGUUGUGUAGAAGACUUUUUUCUAAAGACUUUCGCAGAUUUAUUUUCCCAAAGUAAAAAAAAAACAAACAAACAAAAAAAAUGCAAGUAUUGGACGUUUUUUAGGUUUGUAUUCUUCCCGAAUGCUGGAGCGUCUUACUGGGAGAUUUGAGAUUUUUUUCAGUGCCUUCCUCCUCAGCGAUUCAACACCCCACAAUUCCACACAGCUAUUAGCUUGUUAGCGGUCAGCUUGAGCUCCGGAAUGUUCAUUCGUCUCGUUUUGACCGGAUCAUUUGAAUGUAGGUUAAAGGUCAAGUUCGCUUCACCUGAUUGUCCAAAGAAAUUUUUAGAUGUUUCAGAAAGGUUUGGUUUUAUUAUUAUUUUUGUUUUGGUUCUGUGCUAAUAAUUAAGUAAUAUAGCUGAGUAUGGUGGCCUGGAAGUGCAACAUAAAUAAAAACACAAAUGCAUUAACAAUACAGAAAGGGGCGGGCCUUACUGAAACCUUGUUGCAAAGUUUCUUCAAUACAGUGAGGCUGAGUUCUGUGCUCUGAUUGGUCAUAAGGUGUUGAUUAAUUCUCUCUAACAGCAUGCGCAGGUUUAUAUUAAUACACUCGCUCUAAUACCUUAUCAUUUCCAUAGCAACUGCUCACUCAAAGGGAAUGCUCUGUAAGGAGAAACAUGUUUCUGUAAUGUUUAUGGAAGGAAUCUCCAGUGUGAGCACUGUAAGAGUUUUCUGAUAUCGGAUAUAGAUGUUUUGAUGUAACAAGAUAACUACCAAACUACAGCCUAACAACCACCUGUAACACCAUAGCAACCAAACAGAAACACCUUAGCAACCAUAUACAAUACCACAGCGGUACAGAACAUCAAAGUACCUAUGAUAAAAAAAAAAAAAAAGAUAUAAAAGUGUCACUAGGUAUAUUGACAUUUAUGUCCAGAAACGAUUAAAGGAGCAUGUGGUGUUCAGUAAGGACCGCCCCUUUUUGGUAGUUUGUUAAAGUGCUCGGGUCACUGUAGCUGAGCAAUGUGAUUAUACAGUUUCAAUGUUGUACAUUUUUUAAAGAGCAUUGUAGAGACCGUCUCGUCCCUCGACCAAGUUCUGUAUUCAUUUUAAACUCUAGAAUGUCACAGUAAGAGUUUUAUAAAGCAGGAACGAAGUAUCAUGAUAAAAACAUGACCAAGUAUUGUGAAGUGAUGUUUCGUGUCAUAUUGCUCACCUUUACUGCCAACUGAAGUCUCCCUAAAAGACAAAACCUCACGACUAAAGAUUAAAGAAACUUGUUGGACAAAAUCCAAUGCAGUAUAUUACUAACUUUAUACAUUUACUGAUUUAAGCAUAUAACAGUAUAAAUAAUAACUCAAAAUAAUAUCACAUGACCAGAAUGUAUUUGUAAAAAAACCCACAAAUUAUGAUUGAAUUAAAAAAUACAAAGUGUAUGACGAGUAAACGCUUUUAUUCCUAAAACAACCACAACUGUAAAUCUAUAGCAAUACACUGUGUUCUGAUUGGCUGACAGCAGUACAGUGUGUUGUGAUUGGCUGAGAGCAGUAUGGCGUUCAAUAAACUGGUGUGUGUUAAUUAAGAGUAUUUUACACACACACUGUUAGUAUAAUGACAUGAAUGUACAAAUAAAAUAUAUUUAUUAAAUGGUUUUAAAGAAAUGAAGCACUUUAUAACACCUUUAUCCAAAACAGUGUGUCAUCUCAAUCUUCCGUAAGUGUAGCUCUGUUGCUAUGCUUUGAGUCUAAGCUAAAUCUGAGUUGCUAAGGCAACAUGAAAGUGGUCGGGUGUGUGCUAAUAUUCAGUAAUAUAAAAAGUAUCUCGAUAUUUAACACGCAGCUUUCCUACUGUUCUGUUUCAAAGCAAACGGAGCUGGAGCGAUGGAUGUAGCUAACAGGUUUCAUUUAAAGUGACUGUAGCAUAAACCUGUAAACUGUCCACCAGGUUAGAAACACCACUGCAUCCUGAGAACCUACACGCUAAAUACUGUUUUAUCUUUCUUUCUUCAAAAAUUGUUAACUCUUAAAUUUGAUCAUAUUGAGAUUUUAUAUUUAUCCAGUCUGUUAUAUCUCUCCCAAUCAGUCCGAUAUUUUUCCUUGUGUUAAUGUAGUUAGAGAGUGUUAAUUUUCCAGGUUUUAUGUGAAUCAGAGACUCCUGUAAGUAAUUAUUUUUCCUUAUUGUCGAUGUUUACCUGUUUGUGUGUUAAUAAAUGAGUAUAAUAUGAACGAGUCGAGGGCAGAGUUUUAAUAAAAUCUUUUAUUCUGUA